UUUCGUGGUGACAAAUGAAAGGCCCUAAGCCUUCCAUCCAAUUCUUGAUUUGUUCACCUGUUUGUAUAUAUAUUUGGAAGGAAACCUUGUCCUUUCGCUUCCUUCCCCCCAGACCUGAGUUAGCCACCAGCCAGAUAAGACCCUCAAAAUGGCGAAUUACAAGCAAAUCAUCUACUCCAAAACCCCCACCGCCGCCAUCGAUCCCUCUCUGUCAUCAGGCACAUUCUCCAUCAAGACAAAGCCCAUCCCAUCCUCCCAUGAUGUGCCCCCUGACUCCCUCCUCGUCCGUGUACAUUACCUCUCACUUGACCCCGCCAUGCGCCAAUGGCUCACCGCCAAGCGCUCCUACAUCGCCCCCGUCGAGCUCGGGGCCGUCAUGCGCGGCCAGAGCAUCGCGCAGGUGAUCGAAGUGGGCAGCGACCUGAAAGCCCAGUACGCCGUCGGAGACUGGGUGGUCGCCUAUUCCGGCUGGCAGGAAUACGCGCUCGUCACCGCCAAGGAGGCCGAGAAGGUGGUUGUGCCUCCUGGAGGCCAGCCCACCGACGCCAUGUCGGUGCUGGGGAUGACGGGGCUCACCGCCUACUUCGGCAUGCUGGAGGUCGGACAACCCAAGCCCGGCGAGACGGUCGUCGUCUCCGGCGCUGCGGGGGCCACGGGUAUGGUUGCGGGCCAGAUCGCUAAGAUCAAGGGGGCUAAGCGGGUCGUGGGUCUGGCUGGGAGCGCGGACAAGUGCGAGUUCCUGACGAAGGAGCUCGGCUUCGAUGCGGCCAUCAACUACAAGGACGAGGACUGGAAGAAUCAGUUGAAGGAGGCGACGCCAGAGUAUAUCGAUGUCUUUUUUGACAAUGUGGGCGGGGAGAUCCUCGACGCUUGCCUUGCUCGGGCUGCCCGUGAUGCUCGCUUUGCUAUCUGCGGUGCCAUCAGCCAGUAUAAUGUGGCCAAGCCGCAAGGACCGGCAAGCUUCAUGGCCGUCAUCGUAAGUGCCCCCUGUGUUUCUAUAUCCUGUGUUGGGUUGUUAGCUAACGCUAAUUACUUCUUACGCCACUACAGGCUCAGCGUGUGACCAUGAAGGGCUUCAUUGUCUUUGAUUUCGCAAAACAAUACCCGGCCGCGCUGAAAGAUCUUGGAACUUGGCUGUCUCAGGGGAAGAUCAAGCGGAAGGAGACUAUUGUGAAGGGCGGCAUCGAGGCAGCACCUCAGGGAUUGGUGGAAUUAUAUCAAGGUGCGAAUACCGGGAAGAUGAUGGUCGAAGUAGCUCCUCUCAGUGAGGCCGUUCAGGGUUCCCAAGCGAGGCUGUGAAAUAAUACGGAGCGGGUUUGAAUUGAUUCUGUGUUUUACUCGUCAGUUUUACUCGUCGAUUUUGAGGCUGGAGAAUAUUACUUGUAAC